AUGGACUUUUCAGGACUGAAGAAGCCUUAUCAUGCGGCCUUGGAGGGAGACUGGAAGGGCAUGGAGAGCUUCUACAGCAAACAUCCCGAGCGCCUCCUUGAUCCUCUGACGAUCGACAAGGACACUGCAUUUCAUAUUGCAGCGUAUAGUGCAGAAACAAAACUGCUUGGACAUUUUCUUGAUCUGCUAAAAGAACCCUCCCAAAUAUUGGCAGCCUUGUCUAACAAGAACAGUCACGGUAACAAUACUUUUCACGAGGUGACCACAACCGACAACGUUAAAGCAAUUAAGCUCUUGAUUAGUAAACUUGAGUGGGCUUGUGCACAGGACAAAGUCCAUGGAACCAAUUUCAUCACCGAGCUGAAAAAGCUACUCGAGGAUCAGAACCAACUAGGGGAAACCCCAUUGUAUAGGGCUGUCGCCCUAGGUCAGUUCCAAGUGCUCAAAUUUUGUGCUAAAAGAGUUGGCAAUCUAAGUUAUCACUUCCACAGAUAUGACAAAAUGUCCAUUCUCCAUAUUGCUGCCAUAGGCCAACACUUUGAAACCGCCGCUUGGUUAUUAGAAAAGGACAAGGGACUUGGAAAAGAAAAGGGAAACAGUGGCAUGACAUGUCUUCACCUGCUAGCGAAAAUGCCAUCUGCUUUCGAGAGUUCAUCCCGCAUGGGCAAAAUGAAGACUCUUCUCUAUUAUUGUAUGUUAUCAAUGUUAUGUGUCUAAU